UUGCCAGCUAUCCGGUGCUUGGUUUCUACGCCAGUGAUACCUCCCUAAACUGAACCGGUUUCCGCGCCCUUCUGUUUUCUUUGCGCAACAUGUGGAUCUUACCGUUGGUAGGGUAUUUGGGGGUCAUCGUAGGAUUCGCUUUCCUUACCUUGGCGAUAGCUUCUGGCCUUUACUAUCUUUCGGAGCUUGUGGAGGAGCAUACAGUCCUCGCCCGUCGGCUGUUGUACCGGCUGAUAUACAGUAUCAUCGCCGUCCAGGUCCUCCUCACCGUGUUUGACCGAUUCCCUUUCUCGCUAUCUGCUCUCAGUAUCGUUUCGCACAUCGUGUAUGCCAGCAAUCUUCGCCGAUUCCCCAUUGUCAAAUUGUCCGACCCGCUCUUCGUCCUGUCAUGCAUCCUUGUUGGCUUGAAUCAUUGGCUUUGGUUCCGCCACUUCUCGCAGCCAUUGCCUUCAUCGCGCAGCGCAACAAGCUGGCGUCAGCCAUACCAAGUCAAUUUUGAGGACAUGCCAACCUUCACGGAAGUUGCGUCUUACUUUGGACUGUGUGUCUGGCUCGUUCCAUUUGCGCUCUUCGUUAGCCUCAGUGCGGGCGACAAUGUUCUGCCCAGUAUGGGUUCCGAGUAUGCUACAGGCGACCGCGUGCCUACUUCAGGGUUCCCUCGCAGUUCUUCAUCGUCUGAUGGAAAAUUGAAAAAUAAGGGAAUGGCAAAGGCCUUGGUAGAUGGUGUGCGGGACUGGGUUAAAGAGAACGGGGAGUUGAUGGGUUUCUGGAAGGGCAAACAGGCAAAGGGUUUCUAGAGUCAAGGUCUUUCCUUCUCCAUCCGUUCCCAGCACUAUCAUCUGGAUACCCCUGGCCUUCUGAGUUCGUGACGUGAAAACGGUCGCUUGUUAAACCACUGAUAUUGUUUCUCCUACCCCGUAGUCCCUCAAUGAGUGACUGGAGACUGUCUUGGCGAUUAACCCAAGUGGCAGUCGCUUGUUUAAAAUAAUUCUCAUAUUUGAAUAGUUAUAUAGGCUGGAGACCAGUGACAAACCUAUGGGGAUCUGUAGUUCUUGAACAUAGCAUAAGCGUCGGCCAAAGACCGAAGG